CAGGGAGCGGGCUGCGGAUCACCUGCAGCGGCGGGGGGGCCGGAGCUCCGCCUCCCCUCCUCCCCCGGUUAAUCGCAGCCCCCUCCCCGCGGCAGGCACAGGCAGCCGGGCAGCGCUGUCAACCUGCUGCAGGCGCACGGGCACCCGCACCCACCGCUCGCAGCCAGGGCCGGGCUGGGGCCGCCGGCUCCGCCGCCCUCGCACUUGCCCCAGCCCGGUGCGGCCGCGAACCUCCCGCCGCCAGCCCGCGGGGAGCGCCCGCCGCCGCCCGCCCGGGCACCGGGAGCAGCGCCCGGCAGGAGGAGAGACGAGGGGCAGCCAUGGCCGAGGGGGGCGAGGGCGAGGACGAGAUCCAGUUCCUGCGAACUAAUUACAGUUUGACAAUUGGAACCACAUCUAGAGCUUGGGAAGCGCACUUUCUUGUAGAUGAUGAAGUGGUUCUGCAGUGCACCGCAACUGUUCACAAGGAGCAACAGAAACUGUGUCUUGCUGCAGAAGGAUUUGGCAACAGGCUUUGCUUUUUGGAAUCCACAUCUAAUUCUAAGAAUGUUCCUCCUGAUUUGUCCAUCUGCACCUUUGUGCUGGAGCAGUCUCUGUCAGUACGGGCCCUCCAGGAAAUGCUGGCUAACACAGAAGAAAAGGCAGAAGGGCUAGUUGAUGUGGAAAAAUGGUCUGCACAAGGAGGUGGACAUCGAACGCUGCUGUACGGCCAUGCAAUCCUGCUGCGCCACUCCUACAGCGGCAUGUACCUAUGCUGUCUCUCUACAUCUCGAUCGUCAAUGGAUAAGCUGGCAUUUGACGUAGGAUUGCAAGAGGACACAACAGGUGAGGCUUGCUGGUGGACCAUACAUCCUGCUUCCAAACAACGAUCAGAAGGAGAAAAAGUGCGCGUUGGAGAUGAUCUGAUUUUAGUCAGCGUCUCUUCAGAAAGAUACUUGCAUCUUUCUUAUGGCAAUGGUAGCUUACAUGUUGAUGCAGCCUUCCAGCAGACACUCUGGAGUGUAGCUCCAAUCAGUUCAGGAAGUGAAGUUGCCCAAGGAUACCUGAUAGGAGGGGAUGUUCUGAGGUUAUUGCAUGGUCACAUGGAUGAAUGUUUGACAGUCCCUUCAGGUGAACAUGGAGAAGAACAAAGAAGAACUGUCCAUUACGAAGGUGGUGCUGUGUCCAUUCAUGCUCGUUCCCUUUGGCGACUAGAGACUCUAAGAGUUGCGUGGAGUGGCAGCCACAUUAGAUGGGGACAGCCAUUCAGACUAAGACAUAUAACAACAGGAAAAUAUUUAAGUCUCCUCGAUGACAAGAGUCUUCUUCUUACAGACAAAGAGAACGCAGAUGUAAAAUCUACAGCAUUCUGUUUUCGGUCUUCUAAGGAAAAAUUGGACAUAGGGACAAGAAAAGAGGUGGAUGGAAUGGGAGCACCUGAAAUAAAGUAUGGGGACUCAAUAUGCUUCAUACAACAUGUAGAUACAGGCUUAUGGCUCACGUACCAGUCUGCUGAUGCAAAGUCUGUAAGGAUGGGUUCUCUGCAGCGAAAGGCAAUAAUGCACCAUGAAGGGCACAUGGAUGAUGGUUUAACACUGUCCAGAUCUCAGAAUGAAGAAUCCCGUACAGCACGUGUCAUCCGUAGUACAGUCUUCCUUUUCAACAGGUUCAUAAGGGGCCUUGAUUCACUCAGCAAGAAAGUGAAGUCUUCCACCAUCGAUUUGCCUAUCGAGUCAGUCAGUCUGAGCCUUCAGGACUUGAUUGGCUACUUUCACCCCCCUGAUGAACAUUUGGAGCAUGAAAAUAAACAAAACAGGCUCCGAGCACUGAAGAACCGCCAGAACCUCUUCCAAGAAGAGGGUAUGAUCAACCUUGUACUUGAAUGUAUUGAUCGCUUGAAUGUAUACAGCAGUGCAGCUCACUUUGCAGAUGUAGCUGGGAAGGAAGCUGGAGAAGCUUGGAAAUCUAUUCUGAAUUCUUUGUAUGAAUUACUAGCCGCUCUGAUUCGAGGAAAUCGUAAAAACUGUGCUCAGUUUUCUGGAUCUCUUGAUUGGUUGAUCAGCAGAUUAGAAAGACUGGAAGCUUCUUCUGGAAUUCUAGAGGUUUUACACUGUGUGUUGGUAGAAAGCCCAGAAGCUCUAAACAUUAUCAAGGAAGGACAUAUUAAAUCAAUCAUCUGUCUUUUGGACAAGCAUGGAAGAAACCAUAAGGUUUUGGAUGUUUUGUGUUCUCUGUGCGUUUGUCAUGGCGUAGCUGUGCGGUCUAAUCAACAUCUAAUCUGUGAUAAUCUCCUGCCAGGAAGAGAUCUGCUCUUGCAGACACGCCUUGUCAACCAUGUGAGCAGCAUGCGACCCAACAUCUUCUUGGGGAUUAGUGAAGGCUCAGCCCAAUACAGAAAAUGGUACUAUGAACUUAUGGUGGACCAUCUAGAGCCCUUUGUGACUGCAGAAUCAACUCAUCUACGAGUGGGCUGGGCUUCAACAGAAGGCUACUCGCCCUACCCAGGGGGAGGAGCGGAAUGGGGAGGAAAUGGUGUUGGUGAUGACUUAUAUUCCUAUGGCUUUGAUGGUCUGCAUCUGUGGUCAGGUUGUGUAGCACGAACAGUUAAUUCUCCCAACCAACAUCUAUUAAGAACUGAUGAUGUUAUUAGCUGCUGUUUGGACCUGAGUGCCCCCAGCAUCUCUUUCCGAAUAAAUGGUCAGCCAGUUCAAGGAAUGUUUGAAAAUUUCAACAUAGAUGGCCUCUUCUUCCCAGUUGUCAGCUUCUCUGCAGGAAUAAAGGUUCGUUUCUUGCUUGGAGGUCGCCAUGGAGAGUUCAAGUUCCUUCCUCCACCUGGAUAUGCUCCAUGCUUUGAAGCUGUCUUACCAAAAGAGAAGCUGAAAGUGGAGCACAGCCGAGAGUACAAACAAGAUCGUAGCUACACAAGAGACCUGCUGGGUCCCACCGUGUCUCUGUCACAAGCAGCUUUCACUCCAGUUCCUGUAGAUACUAGCCAGAUUGUUCUGCCUCCCCACCUGGAAAGGAUUAGAGAAAAAUUAGCAGAAAACAUCCAUGAACUUUGGGUUAUGAAUAAGAUGGAACUUGGCUGGCAGUAUGGACCAGUUAGGGACGACAACAAAAGACAACACCCAUGCUUGGUGGAGUUCUCGAAAUUGCCGGAGCAGGAAAGAAAUUAUAACUUGCAAAUGUCACUUGAAACACUGAAAACCCUGCUGGCAUUAGGCUGCCAUGUUGGAAUUGCUGAUGAACGUGCUGAAGAAAAAGUGAAAAAAAUGAAACUUCCAAAGAACUAUCAGUUGUUGAGUGGAUAUAAGCCAGCGCCCAUGGAUCUGAGUUUUAUCAAACUGACGCCCUCUCAAGAAGCUAUGGUGGAUAAACUGGCAGAGAAUGCUCACAAUGUGUGGGCAAGGGACCGGAUAAGGCAGGGCUGGACAUACGGCAUCCAGCAGGAUGUGAAAAAUCGACGAAAUCCUCGCCUUGUCCCGUACGCGCUUUUGGAUGAUCGGACAAAGAAGUCCAACAAAGACAGUCUUCGGGAAGCAGUCCGCACCCUUCUGGGCUAUGGUUACAAUCUGGAAGCUCCUGAUCAAGAUCAUGCAACAAGACUGGAUGUGUGCAGUGGGAUAAUGGAAAAGUUCAGGAUCUUCCGCACAGAAAAGACUUACGCAGUGAAGGCUGGGAAGUGGUACUUUGAGUUUGAGGCAGUUACUGCAGGAGACAUGAGAGUUGGCUGGACCAGGCCAGGUUGUCUGCCAGAUCAGGAACUUGGCUCAGAUGAAGAAGCUUUUGUCUUUGAUGGCUUUAAGGCACAGCGGUGGCAUCAAGGUAAUGAGCAUUUUGGCCGCUCUUGGUUGGCAGGAGAUGUUGUUGGAUGUAUGGUUGACAUGAAUGAGCACACUAUGAUGUUCACCUUAAAUGGUGAAAUUUUGCUUGAUGACUCAGGCUCAGAACUUGCAUUCAAGGACUUUGAGGUUGCUGAUGGAUUUCUACCUGUGUGCAGCCUGGGCCCGUCUCAAGUGGGAAGAAUGAACUUUGGAAAAGAUGUCAGCACUCUAAAAUAUUUCACCAUAUGUGGCUUACAGGAAGGGUAUGAACCCUUUGCUGUUAAUACAAACAGAGACAUCACCAUUUGGCUGAGUAAAAGGCUUCCUCAGUUUCUACCAGUGCCACAAAACCAUGAACACAUUGAGGUGAUGAGAAUUGAUGGUACCAUAGACAGCUGCCCCUGUCUGAAGGUCACCCAGAAGUCCUUUGGCUCACAGAACAGUAAAACAGAUGUCAUGUUUUUUCGAUUAAGCAUGCCCAUUGAAUGUGCUGAGGUAUUCUCCAGAUCAGCUGCAGGAGGGUUACCAGGCUCUGGUCUUUUUGGCCCAAAAAAUGACUUGGAGGAUUAUGAUGCUGACUCUGAUUUUGAGGUUCUAAUGAAAACUGCUCAUGGUCAUCUGGUUCCUGACCGGACAGAAAGAGAAAAAGAUGCCACAAAACCAGAGUUGAAUAACCAUAAAGAUUAUGUUCAAGAAAAGCCCUCACGUCUUAAACAAAGAUUUAUGCUCAGGAGGACAAAGCCAGAUUAUAGCACGAGUCACUCUGCACGGCUUACUGAGGAUGUGCUAGCAGAUGAUAGGGAUGACUAUGAUUAUUUGAUGCAAACUUCCACGUACUAUUAUUCUGUGAGAAUAUUUCCUGGCCAAGAACCUGCUAAUGUCUGGGUGGGCUGGAUUACAUCAGACUUUCACCAGUAUGACACAAGCUUUGACUUGGACAGAGUGCGUACCGUCACAGUUACACUGGGAGAUGAGAAAGGGAAGGUUCAUGAGAGUAUAAAACGCAGCAACUGCUAUAUGGUGUGCGCAGGAGAGAGCCUGAGCCCUGGACAAGGACGUAACAAUAAUGGUCUGGAGAUUGGUUGCUUGGUUGAUGCUGCCAGUGGCCUGCUGACCUUCACAGCUAAUGGCAAGGAACUGGGCACCUACUAUCAGGUUGAACCAAGUACAAAGUUGUUUCCUGCUGUAUUUGCUCAAGCCACAAGCCCCAAUGUUUUCCAGUUUGAAUUGGGAAGAAUAAAGAAUGUAAUGCCAUUAUCUGCUGGAUUAUUCAAAAGUGAACACAAAAACCCGGUCUCUCAAUGUCCUCCACGUCUCCAUGUCCAGUUUCUGACUCAUGUGCUUUGGAGCAGAGUGCCAAACCACUUCUUGAAGGUGGAUGUGUCUCGGAUCAGUGAACGUCAAGGCUGGAUGAUACAAUGCCUGAAUCCUUUGCAGUUCAUGGCCCUUCAUAUUCCUGAGGAAAACAGAACAAUUGAUAUUUUAGAGCUGACAGAACAAGAAGAAUUGCUGAAAUUUCACUACCACACCCUCCGAUUGUAUUCGGCUGUUUGUGCUUUAGGCAACAACCGAGUGGCCCAUGCUCUGUGUAGCCAUGUGGAUGAAUCUCAGCUCCUCUAUGCAAUUGAGAAUAAAUACAUGCCAGGAUUACUGCGUGCAGGAUAUUAUGACUUGCUCAUUGACAUCCAUCUCAAUACCUAUGCAACUGCCAGGCUGAUGAUGAAUAAUGAAUUCAUAGUUCCAAUGACAGAUGAAACCAAGAGUAUUACUUUGUUUCCUGAUGAAAACAAAAAACACGGCCUUCCCGGUAUAGGACUUAGCACUUCGUUAAGGCCAAGAAUGCAGUUUUCCUCUCCGAGUUUUGUAAGCAUUAGCAGUGAAUGCUUUCAGUUCAGUCCUGAAUUCCCUCUGGAAAUUCUGAAGGCCAAGACCAUAGAGAUGCUGACGGAAGCUGUCCAGGAGGGAAGCCUCCAUGUCAGAGAUCCAGUUGGAGGUUCUACAGAAUUUCUGUUUGUCCCUCUCAUCAAGCUCUUUUAUACCCUCCUAAUUAUGGGAAUCUUCCACAAUGAGGAUCUGAAACACAUCUUGCAGUUGAUUGAGCCCCGGGUUUUCAAAGAAGCAAUGAGCCAGGAGGAUGAAAUUGAUUUCUCAGAGAAGGAGUUCGGUUCAGAUGAGCUCAAGUCAGAGGAAGGAGAGGAAGAAACCAGAGGGGAGCAAAUGCCAAAGGAAGGACUCCUUCAGAUGAAACUUCCAGAACCUGUUAAAUUACAGAUGUGUCACCUACUCCAGUACCUGUGUGAUUGCCAAGUACGACACAGGAUAGAAGCCAUUGUAGCAUUUUCCGAUGAUUUUGUGGCCAAGCUCCAAGAGAAUCAACGCUUCCGGUACAAUGAAGUGAUGCAGGCCUUGAACAUGUCUGCUGCCCUGACAGCUAGAAAAACAAAAGAGUUUCGAUCCCCUCCUCAAGAACAGAUUAACAUGCUGCUGAACUUUAAAGAUGAUAAAAGUGAUUGUCCUUGCCCUGAAGAAAUUCGGGAUCAACUCUUAGAUUUCCAUGAAGACCUAAUGACGCACUGUGGAAUUGAACUAGAUGAAGAUGGAACCUUGGAUGGCAACAGUGAUUCAACCAUUAGGGGUCGCCUCCUACACCUUAUGGAAAAAGUUACAUAUUUGAAGAAGAAACAAGCUGAGAAGGCAGUUGAUGAGGAUGAUAAGACAUCCUCUACUCUCCAGCAGCUGAUUUCGGACACGAUGGUGCGCUGGGCCCAGGAGUCAGUGAUAGAAGACCCAGAGUUAGUGAGGGCCAUGUUUGUGUUGCUGCAUCGCCAGUAUGAUGGUAUUGGUGGCCUGGUUCGAGCCCUGCCGAAGACCUACACCAUAAAUAGCGUGUCUGUGGAGGACACCAUCAAUCUUCUGGCAUCCCUUGGCCAAAUCCGUUCCUUGCUCAGUGUCAGAAUGGGGAAGGAAGAGGAGAAGCUUAUGAUUCGUGGAUUGGGAGACAUCAUGAAUAAUAAAGUAUUUUACCAACAUCCAAAUCUCAUGAGAGCUUUAGGCAUGCAUGAAACUGUCAUGGAAGUGAUGGUGAAUGUGCUUGGUGGAGGAGAAUCCAAGGAAAUCACUUUCCCAAAGAUGGUGGCAAACUGCUGUCGUUUCCUAUGUUAUUUUUGCCGCAUCAGCAGGCAGAAUCAAAAAGCUAUGUUUGAUCAUCUUAGCUAUUUAUUGGAAAACAGCAGUGUUGGUCUUGCCUCUCCUUCUAUGCGAGGGUCAACUCCUUUAGAUGUUGCCGCAGCGUCUGUAAUGGAUAACAAUGAACUUGCUCUGGCUUUAAGGGAGCCUGAUCUGGAGAAGGUGGUUCGCUACUUGGCUGGAUGUGGGUUGCAGAGUUGUCCUUUGUUGAUUUGUAAAGGCUACCCAGACAUCGGAUGGAAUCCCGUUGAAGGAGAACGAUAUUUGGAUUUUCUUCGUUUUGCUGUUUUUUGCAAUGGAGAGAGUGUGGAGGAGAAUGCUAAUGUUGUAGUCAGACUGCUUAUUCGCCGACCUGAAUGUUUUGGCCCUGCACUAAGAGGAGAAGGAGGCAAUGGGUUGCUUGCUGCCAUGGAGGAGGCAAUACAAAUAUCAGAAGAUCGAACAAGAGAUGGACCUUCCCCAAGUAAUGGAUCUAGUAAAACCCUUGAAAUAGAAGAACAAGAAGAUGACACUAUUCACAUGGGAAAUGCAAUCAUGACCUUUUAUGCUGCCUUGAUUGAUCUCUUAGGACGUUGUGCCCCUGAAAUGCAUCUAAUCCAUGCUGGUAAAGGAGAAGCCAUUAGAAUCAGAUCAAUUCUACGGUCUUUGAUUCCACUUGAAGAUUUGGUGGGAGUAAUCAGUAUUGCUUUCCACAUGCCAACCAUAGCAAAAGAUGGUACUGUGGUGGAACCUGACAUGUCUGCGGGGUUUUGCCCAGAUCACAAGGCAGCCAUGGUUUUGUUCCUUGACAGGGUCUAUGGAAUUGAGGACCAGGAUUUUCUUCUACACCUUCUUGAAGUUGGCUUUCUGCCAGACCUUCGUGCUGCUGCCUCAUUAGACACGGCUGCUUUAAGUGCUACAGACAUGGCUUUGGCUCUAAAUCGAUACCUUUGCACAGCAGUGUUGCCUCUCUUGACCAGAUGUGCUCCUCUGUUUGCUGGCACAGAGCACCAUGCUUCCCUCAUCGAUUCCUUGUUACACACAGUGUACAGACUCUCAAAGGGAUGCUCUCUUACCAAAGCUCAGCGAGAUGCCAUUGAAGAGUGUUUGCUGUCUAUCUGUGGGCAGUUGCGACCUUCCAUGAUGCAACAUUUGCUGAGGAGAUUAGUAUUUGAUGUACCUCUGUUAAAUGAACACGCAAAGAUGCCUCUCAAGUUACUGACAAAUCAUUAUGAAAGAUGCUGGAAGUAUUAUUGUUUGCCAAGUGGAUGGGGUAACUUUGGUGCUGCCUCAGAAGAAGAACUUCAUUUAUCUAGAAAGUUGUUCUGGGGUAUUUUUGAUGCUUUAUCUCAAAAGAAGUAUGAACAAGAGCUGUUCAAAUUGGCUUUGCCUUGCCUGAGUGCAGUUGCAGGGGCCUUACCUCCAGAUUAUAUGGAAUCAAAUUAUGUCAACAUGAUGGAAAAACAGUCUUCAAUGGAUUCAGAUGGGAACUUUAAUCCUCAACCUGUUGAUACCUCAAACAUUACGAUCCCUGAAAAGCUAGAAUAUUUCAUUAACAAAUACGCAGAACAUGCUCAUGACAAAUGGUCAAUGGAAAAGUUUGCCAAUGGAUGGACCUAUGGUGAAACAUUUUCUGAAUCUGCAAAAGUGCAACCAUUAAUGAAACAAUAUAAGUUACUGUCUGAAAAGGAGAAGGAAAUUUAUCGGUGGCCAAUCAAAGAAUCACUAAAAACCAUGCUGGCAUGGGGCUGGCGAAUUGAAAGGACACGGGAGGGAGAUUCAAUGGCACUGUAUAAUCGGACGCGUCGCAUAUCUCAAACCAGUCAAAUCUCUGUAGAUACAGCCCAUGGUUACACUCCUCGAGCAAUUGACAUGAGCAAUGUCACCCUCUCCAGAGACUUACAUGCUAUGGCUGAGAUGAUGGCUGAAAACUACCAUAACAUAUGGGCAAAGAAAAAGAAACUGGAGCUUGAAGCAAAAGUAGGAGGAGGCAACCAUCCCCUUCUUGUUCCUUAUGAUACACUCACAGCCAAAGAAAAAGCCAAGGACAGAGAAAAAGCACAGGAUAUUCUGAAAUUUCUACAGAUUAAUGGAUAUGUUGUCUCCAGAGGACUUAAGGACCUGGAAUUAGACACACCCUCCAUUGAAAAACGCUUUGCCUACAGUUUCCUUCAGCAGCUUAUAAGAUAUGUGGAUGAAGCCCAUCAGUACAUUCUGGAGUUUGAUGGUGGCAGCAGAGGCAAAGGAGAGCAAUUCCCAUAUGAACAAGAAAUCAAGUUUUUUGCCAAAGUUGUGCUCCCUUUGAUUGAUCAGUAUUUUAAAAAUCAUCGCCUGUAUUUCUUAUCUUCAGCAAGCAGGCCUCUCAGCAGUGGAGGCCAUGCCUCUAAUAAAGAGAAAGAAAUGGUGACAAGCCUGUUCUGCAAACUUGGAGUUCUUGUCAGGCAUAGGAUUUCACUGUUUGGAAAUGAUGCAACAUCAAUAGUCAACUGUCUUCACAUACUGGGACAGACCUUGGAUGCAAGGACUGUGAUGAAAACUGGUCUGGAAUCUGUUAGGAUGGCAUUGAGAGCAUUUUUGGAUAAUGCUGCUGAGGAUCUGGAGAAAACAAUGGAAAAUCUUAAACAAGGCCAGUUUACACACAGCAGAAACCAGCCAAAAGGAGUUACACAAAUCAUUAAUUAUACGACAGUUGCUCUCCUGCCAGUGCUAUCUUCGUUAUUUGAGCAUAUUGGACAACAUCAGUUUGGGGAAGAUUUGAUAUUGGAAGAUGUUCAGGUCUCUUGUUACAGAAUAUUGGCCAGUUUAUAUGCUCUGGGAACCAGCAAGAGUAUCUAUGUAGAGAGGCAACGAUCAGCACUAGGAGAGUGCUUGGCUGCUUUCUCAGGGGCCUUCCCAGUGGCUUUUUUGGAAACUCAUUUGAACAAACAUAAUAUCUACUCAAUCUACAAUACCAAGAAUGCGAGAGAUAGAGCAGUUCUCAAUUUGCCAACUAGUGUAGAAGAGGUUUGCCCAAAUAUUCCUUCCUUGGUGAAGCUAAUGGAAGAAAUAGUGGAACUGGCAGAGUCUGGUAUUCGUUACACCCAAAUGCCACACAUCAUGGAAGUCAUUCUGCCCAUGCUGUGCAGUUACAUGUCGCACUGGUGGGAGCACGGGCCCGAGAACAACCCUGACAAGGCUGAGAUGUGCUGCACAGCCUUGACGUCAGAGCACAUGAACACUCUGUUGGGUAACAUUUUGAAAAUCAUCUAUAACAACCUCGGUAUUGAUGAGGGAGCCUGGAUGAAGAGAUUGGCAGUGUUUUCCCAGCCCAUCAUAAGUAAAGCGAAGCCACAGCUCUUAAAGACACACUUCCUUCCACUGAUGGAUAAACUAAAGAAAAAGGCAGCAGUGGUUGUAUCGGAUGAAGAACAUCUAAGAGCAGAAGGCAGAGGUGACAUGUCGGAGGCUGAACUGCUCAUCCUAGAUGAGUUCACCACUUUGGCACGGGACCUCUAUGCCUUCUACCCUUUGUUGAUUAGAUUUGUGGACUAUAACAGGGCAAAAUGGCUGAAAGAGCCCAAUCCUGAAGCAGAAGAGCUGUUCCGCAUGGUGGCUGAGGUCUUCAUUUACUGGUCAAAAUCUCAUAAUUUCAAAAGGGAAGAACAGAACUUUGUGGUACAAAAUGAAAUCAACAACAUGUCUUUCCUUAUCAGUGACACCAAAUCUAAGAUGUCUAAGGCAGCAGUUUCUGACCAGGAAAGGAAGAAGAUGAAGCGAAAGGGUGACCGCUACUCGAUGCAGACCUCUCUCAUCGUGGCAGCACUGAAGAGAUUGCUUCCAAUAGGCCUAAACAUUUGUGCUCCUGGAGACCAAGAGCUGAUUGCACUGGCCAAAAAUCGAUUUAGCAUGAAAGACACUGAAGAUGAAGUACGAGAUGUCAUCCGCAGUAAUCUUCACCUUCAGGGCAAGCUUGAGGAUCCCGCCAUUAGAUGGCAGAUGGCACUUUACAAAGAUUUGCCAAACAGGACUGAAGAUUCCUCAGAUCCAGAGAAGACUGUGGAAAGGGUCCUUGAUAUAGCUAAUGUGCUGUUUCACCUGGAACAGGUUGAGCAUCCUCAGCGGUCCAAAAAAGCAGUGUGGCAUAAGCUGCUGUCUAAACAGAGGAAAAGAGCAGUAGUGGCCUGCUUUAGAAUGGCACCAUUGUAUAAUCUGCCAAGACACCGAGCUGUCAAUCUCUUUCUUCAAGGCUAUGAUAAAUCUUGGAUUGAAACAGAAGAACACUAUUUUGAAGACAAACUGAUAGAAGACUUAGCAAAACCUGGAGAGGAACCACCAGAAGAAGAUGAAAGCCUUAAAAGAGUUGAUCCUUUGCAUCAACUUAUUCUUCUAUUCAGUCGAACAGCCUUGACUGAAAAAUGCAAACUGGAGGAAGAUUUCCUGUAUAUGGCUUAUGCUGACAUUAUGGCAAAGAGCUGCCAUGAUGAAGAAGAUGAUGAUGGUGAAGAAGAAGUGAAGAGUUUUGAAGAAAAAGAAAUGGAAAAGCAAAAACUUUUGUAUCAACAAGCCAGACUGCAUGAUCGCGGUGCUGCUGAGAUGGUUCUGCAGACAAUCAGUGCAAGUAAAGGUGAGAUGGGGCCAAUGGUUGCAGCUACCCUAAAGCUAGGAAUUGCCAUCUUAAAUGGAGGAAAUUCUACGGUUCAGCAGAAAAUGCUUGACUACCUCAAGGAUAAAAAGGAUGUGGGGUUCUUUCAGAGCCUUGCUGGUCUUAUGCAGUCCUGUAGUGUUCUUGACCUAAAUGCGUUUGAACGUCAGAACAAAGCAGAAGGCCUUGGCAUGGUGACUGAAGAGGGAUCAGGAGAAAAGGUGAUGCAGGAUGAUGAGUUCACCUGUGACCUCUUCCGCUUCCUUCAGUUGCUUUGUGAAGGACACAAUUCAGAUUUUCAGAAUUACCUGAGAACUCAAACUGGUAACAACACAACUGUUAAUAUUAUCAUUUCUACUGUGGAUUACUUAUUGAGAGUUCAGGAAUCCAUCAGUGAUUUCUAUUGGUAUUAUUCUGGGAAGGAUGUUAUUGAUGAACAAGGACAGCGAAAUUUUUCCAAAGCCAUACAGGUUGCAAAGCAAGUUUUCAAUACUCUCACAGAGUAUAUCCAGGGGCCGUGUACUGGGAAUCAGCAAAGUCUGGCACACAGCAGGCUGUGGGAUGCUGUAGUUGGUUUCCUUCAUGUAUUUGCCCACAUGCAGAUGAAGCUGUCUCAGGAUUCCAGUCAAAUUGAACUAUUGAAGGAAUUAAUGGAUCUUCAGAAAGAUAUGGUUGUCAUGUUGCUAUCUAUGCUGGAAGGUAAUGUUGUGAAUGGGACUAUUGGAAAGCAGAUGGUCGAUAUGCUUGUGGAAUCAUCGAACAAUGUGGAGAUGAUUCUGAAGUUUUUUGAUAUGUUCUUAAAAUUGAAAGAUUUGACUUCCUCUGAUGCAUUCAAAGAAUAUGACCCUGAUGGUAAAGGGAUAAUCUCUAAGAGGGAUUUUCACAGGGCAAUGGAAAGCCAUAAACACUAUACUCAGUCUGAAACUGAGUUUCUGCUGUCGUGUGCUGAAACAGAUGAGAAUGAGACUUUGGACUAUGAGGAGUUUGUGAAACGAUUUCAUGAGCCUGCAAAAGACAUUGGUUUCAAUGUCGCUGUUCUCCUGACCAACCUGUCAGAACACAUGCCUCAUGAUACACGCUUGCAGACUUUCCUUGAGCUCUCAGAGAGUGUGCUGAAUUACUUCCAGCCUUUCCUCGGACGUAUAGAAAUCAUGGGCAGUGCCAAGCGCAUCGAACGAGUUUAUUUUGAAAUAAGUGAGUCAAGUCGGACUCAGUGGGAAAAGCCUCAGGUGAAAGAGUCAAAGAGACAAUUUAUAUUUGAUGUUGUAAAUGAAGGUGGGGAGAAGGAAAAGAUGGAGCUUUUUGUUAACUUCUGUGAGGAUACCAUCUUUGAAAUGCAACUGGCUGCCCAGAUCUCUGAGUCAGAUCUGAACGAAAGGUCGGCAAAUAAAGAGGAGAAUGAGAAGGAUAAUCCUGAGGAAGAAGAUCCUAGAAUGGGUUUCUUCUCUCUUGUGACCAUGAAGUCAGCUUUAGUAGCUCUCAAGUAUAAUUUAAUGACUCUUAUGAAAAUGCUCAGCAUGAAGAGUCUAAAGAAGCAAAUGAAAAAAGUGAAGAAAAUGACCAUGAAGGACAUGGUCAUGGCUUUGUUUUCUUCUUACUGGAGCAUUUUGGUGGGCUUACUACAUUUUGCUUGUAGUGUUGUCCGAGGCUUUUUUCGCAUCAUAUGCAGUUUGCUGCUUGGGGGAAGCCUAGUAGAAGGAGCCAAGAAAAUCAAGGUGGCCGAACUGUUGGCUAAUAUGCCAGAUCCCACCCAGGAUGAGGUGCGUGGGGAAGAAGAAGAAGGGGAGAGGAAACCAACAGAAGCUGCAUUGCCUGCAGAGGACUUGACAGAUCUGCAGACUUUAACAGAAGAGAGUGAUCUGCUCUCAGAUAUAUUUGGUUUGGAUUUGAAACGAGAAGGUGGACAGUAUAAAUUGAUCCCUCACAAUCCAAAUGCUGGUUUGAGUGAUUUACUGAGCACUCCCUCCUUAGCUCCAAUGCCUGAGGUACAGGAAAAAAUCCAGGAGAAGGUGAAAGAAGAUGAAAAGGAAGAGAAAGAAGAAACAAAAUCGGAACCUGAAAAAGCUGAAGGAGAAGAUGGAGAAAAAGAAGAUAAAACCAAGGAAGACAAAGGGAAACAGAAAUUAAGACAACUGCAUACGCACAGAUAUGGAGAACCAGAAGUUCAGGAAUCAGUUUUCUGGAAGAAUAUCAUUGCAUACCAGCAGAAGCUUCUUAAUUAUUUUGCACGGAACUUUUACAACAUGAGGAUGUUGGCGUUAUUUGUUGCUUUUGCCAUCAACUUUAUCCUUCUUUUCUAUAAGGUCUCCACAUCUGCUGUGACAGAAGAAAAGGAACUUCCUGUGAUAUCUGAUGGUGAAAGUACCAAGUUGAACAUUCUGGACAGCGAUGAUGAGAGGGUCAUUGCAGUGCAUUAUGUCCUGGAAGAAAGCAGUGGCUACAUGGAACCCACACUGAGGAUUUUGGCCAUUCUACACACAGUCAUCUCAUUCUUCUGCAUCAUAGGGUAUUAUUGUUUGAAAGUUCCACUCGUUAUUUUUAAGAGAGAAAAGGAAGUGGCAAGGAAAUUGGAAUUUGAUGGGCUAUAUAUAACUGAGCAGCCAUCAGAAGAUGAUAUUAAGGGACAGUGGGAUAGACUUGUAAUCAACACACAGUCUUUUCCAAAUAACUAUUGGGACAAGUUUGUGAAAAGAAAGGUAAUGGAUAAAUAUGGUGAGUUCUAUGGCCGUGACAGGAUCAGUGAAUUACUAGGAAUGGACAAAGCUGCUCUUGAUUUUAGUGAUGCUCGAGAAAAGAAGAAACCAAAGAAGGAUAGCUCCUUUUCUGCUGUGCUUAAUUCCAUUGAUGUAAAGUAUCAGAUGUGGAAAUUAGGAGUUGUUUUCACUGAUAAUUCUUUCCUUUACCUAGCGUGGUACAUGACCAUGUCAGUCCUUGGCCAUUACAACAAUUUUUUCUUUGCUGCUCAUCUCCUUGACAUUGCGAUGGGAUUCAAGACCUUACGAACUAUCCUGUCAUCAGUUACCCACAAUGGCAAGCAGCUUGUCCUAACAGUGGGAUUACUGGCAGUAGUGGUAUACUUGUACACGGUGGUGGCAUUCAACUUUUUCCGCAAGUUCUACAACAAGAGUGAAGAUGGUGACAUGCCAGACAUGAAAUGUGAUGAUAUGCUAACAUGCUACAUGUUUCAUAUGUAUGUUGGAGUACGUGCAGGAGGAGGUAUUGGUGAUGAAAUAGAAGAUCCAGCAGGAGACGAAUAUGAAAUCUAUCGGAUUAUCUUUGACAUCACUUUCUUCUUCUUUGUGAUUGUCAUCCUGCUUGCAAUUAUCCAAGGUUUGAUUAUUGAUGCUUUUGGUGAGUUAAGAGAUCAGCAAGAGCAAGUUAAGGAAGACAUGGAGACAAAGUGCUUUAUCUGUGGCAUAGGAAAUGACUACUUUGAUACAGUGCCUCAUGGCUUUGAAACACACACACUACAGGAGCACAACUUGGCCAAUUAUUUGUUUUUUCUGAUGUAUCUUAUUAACAAAGAUGAAACUGAGCAUACAGGACAGGAAUCAUAUGUAUGGAAAAUGUAUCAAGAACGGUGCUGGGAGUUUUUCCCUGCUGGUGAUUGCUUCCGAAAACAAUAUGAAGACCAGCUCAACUAAGCAAAAACAAGGAUUUCUGGACAAAAAUGUCCAUGUAUUUCCCAGCACUUUUGGGAAUGUCUAAAAGAUUUCUUAAAUCCCCAAAGCUGUGUGCGUUUUGGAGCACCAAAGCUCUGUUUUUAAUGACCCAACUGCACUUUUAUUUUCUUGUGUAUUUGCUUUGAGAACACUGGAGUAAAGAACAAUGAAAAAUUACAGCAACUUUGGAACCAAACCAACCACUUGCACAGACAAAAGAUGUCCCUAUACAUAACAUACACACACAAGUAGAGACUCGAGACAGCUUAUUUUUGAAACUGCCAGAUGAUACCCUUGUCUAAAAGAUCACACAUGGGGUGACAUGGUAGCAACACUCAUUUGGUCUGUUUAUUUCAUCAUCCUGGAAGGAACUAUAUAUAGUUCACAGAGCACCAUAAAAGAUUGUUGUGGACAUUAAGUUGUGGGGAAAUAGUGCCUUACUAUAUGUGGGUUGAGCUAUGCAGAAGAUGAGUGCAUGAUGACAUUUUUUUUUUUCUUUGUGUCUUCCCUUCCAAUUUAAUAUUUAUUUUGUGGUUUUGGUGGGUUUGGGAGGAAGGAUUUGAUUGUGCACAUCUUUUUAAUAAGACUGGAGUGUCUCAGGACAAGAUUAGGUUAUUCUCAUCAAGUUCAUUUCACAUUUACCUUCCUCUUUAGCUUUCGCUCUUAUUUUGGUAAUGCUCUGAUACAACACUGCUACUUUAUGAAAUCUUUGUAUGAAUACAAGACAGCUGCAAAAAACCACUUUAACAAGAAAUGUUUCAUUGCAUGUUUAUUAUGCAAGUUUAAAACAAUCAAAAAACAACCUUCAGAAACAAGUUGAUCAACAUGAAAAAACAUUCACAAUAAUUAUAUCCAUAGUAAUAAAGUGUUGUGGGCUUUAUUGUACAUCUGGAACAAGUGUCAUCAACCAACAAUAUGAAUAUAUGUUAAGAAUUUGACAGUAAUUUUAGUUUCUUUUUUUUUCUUUCUUUCAUUUCUGCCACCUGUGAUUGAUAGUGAAGUUGAAGAUUUUCUUGUUAAAUUAUUUUUUAAAAGCAAAGCUGAAGCAAUAUCCAUUCAGGGACUCCAUCAGUUGCAUCAUGAAACACCAAUGAUGUGUACAUUACUCCAUUUUGAGUCCUUUUCAAUUGUAAUGCCAGUCUUUACAAAUAAAAAGAGACAUUCAGAAUGGAAACAAGCUGGUUUUGGUAGCACUUGAAGUCUUUGUUAUAGUCUUUUUAUCAAUCCCUGAAUUGAUUUCAACCACUUCAAACCAGGAUUAAGCUACUGUUUCCUUAAUGAAAGAUUUUGGUACUGAUUUUGGUCUUUUCUCCUGGACUUGCUGUUGUGUUGCUCUCUCUCAUUUCUUUACAGGUCACAGCUUUUUCAUAAAAGAAAUUUUCUGUAUCAAUAUUCAGUUAUAAUUUAAAAAAAAUACAAUUAAGGGGUCAAUCACUUAAAAAUGCUAAGGCUGUAUUCUUAAAAGCAAGGCUUUCAAUUCUGUGAAUUUUGCUGAAUUUGGUAUCCUGUUCAUGGUUCUGGUAAAAUUCUCUCAAACUUUGCAAGAUUUGAGGCCAGAGACUGGGCAGGCUGACAGGUGACAGUGCAAGCUGUCAGUACAGCAAUCACAAUAUGUAUUUCGUUUUUAAACCACUCCCACCCAGACUGGAAUGUUCAGUCCAGCUCUGUUUCCUCCCUAUUUGGAACAACUUCAUAAAGCAUCUUUGUUCAGCCUUUCUGGGAUUUGUGUCUAAGAUUUACAAAUGAGGGGUUGUGGUCGUGUUUCUUUUUGGGUGUACCACAUGAGAGUAUCUGUUUGACACACGUAGGUACACAGGCUAUUUUAAUUUUGCACAUUUUGUAGAAAAAUAUAUAGGUAAUGAUUCUGAGGGAUAUUUCAAGAUUCCUUUAUCUUCAAAACAAAUUCAAAUGGGUAUUGUAGGUAAAUACAUUUGUAUUUACAACAAUACAUAUUGUAGGUAAAUUUACAUAUUGUAGGUAAAUACCAGACAUGUUUCUUUAACCUCAAGUUCCAAGUCA